GCACCCGUCGUCCUCCACUGUCCUCGCGCCACCUGCCCAGCUCUCCCCACACCCCCACUGCCACCACAAGCAGCCGGCGCGUGUGGUGCAUCUCUGAUCCCCGGCACGUCGGUCCUCUGUAUUUAAAGGCCACCUACCUUAACCAGGGUGCUCCGCCUCCACUCCCGAGCUCGUCACUCCGGCAACCGAGCAGAAGCAGGCCGGUGGUUCCGGUGACCUCCCGAUGGCGUCUCUCGCUGCCGUCAAGAAGGUGCUGGUGCUGGUGCCGAUCACGGCGGGCUCGGAGCCCGUGGAGGCGUUCGUCCCCAUCGCCGUCCUCCGCCGCGCGGGCGCCGACGUCACCGUCGCGGCCGCGGGUGCCGGAGCCGGCCUGCGCGUCCACGCCAUGUACGGGGUCACCGUCGUCGCGGACGCCAACGUCGCCGACUGCGCCGACGCCUCCUACGACCUCGUCGCCCUCCCCGGAGGCGUCCCCGGCGCGGACAACCUCGGCGGCUGCGCGGCGCUGGAGAGCAUCGUGAGGCGCCAGGCGCUCGGGGGCGGCCUGUACGCCGCCAUCUGCGCCGCGCCGCCGCUGGCGCUGGCGCGCUGGGGCCUGCUCGACGGCGUCAAGGCAACUGCGCAUCCGGCGUUCGUGGACAAGUUCCCGGCGGAGGUGGCCGCCGUGGACGCGAACGUGGUGGUCGACGGCAGGGUAGUGACGGGGCGUGGCCCGGCGCCGGCCAUGGAGUUCGCGCUCGCUCUCGUGGAACAGCUCUACGGCAAGGACAAGGUUGACGAGAUUGCCAAACCAAUGAUGGUCAGAUAUGAACCCGGGUACGCCUUCAAGGAACUGAACCCGGUCCAGUGGCAGUGCAGCGGCACGCCCAAGGUCCUGAUCCCGGUGGCCAACGGGAGCGACGAGAUGGAGGUGCUCGUGACCGUCGACGUGCUGCGCCGGGCCAAUGCGGACGUCGUGGUGGCGUCGGCCGAGGGCGGCGACGCCGAGGUCGUCGUCGUCGCGCGCCACGGCACGAGGAUCGUCGCCGACGCGCUGCUGGUCGACGCCGUCGCCGCCGGCCAGCAGUUCGACUUCGUCGUCGUGCCGGGCGGCAUGGCCGGCGCCAAGACGCUGGCCGGCACGGAGGCGCUCGUGGCGCUGCUGAAGGAGCAUGCGGCGGCGGGCAGGGCGUACGGCGCCAUCGGCGCCGCCACGGCGGAGGUGCUGGAGCCGCACGGCCUCCUCGAGCUCGAGGGCAAGAAGGCGACGACGACGUGCGCGUCCAUGGCGGACUCCCGCGAGUGCGGGAGCAGGGUGGUGGUGGACGGGAACCUGGCCACGAGCAGCGGCCCCGGGACGGCCAUGGAGUUCGCGCUGGCCGUCGUGGAGAAGCUGCUCGGCGCCGAGGCGGCAAGGGAGGUGGCGGAAGCCCUGCUGUUCGUCUGACGACGGACCACGGGCGGAGAUGAGCUGUGCCUGUGCUAUUUGAUCCUUUGCAGUAGAGAUCAUGGAACGUGGCCGGACCUUCCUUGUCAUAACAUCAUCUGAGAAUUUGGUAUCUCGAUCGUGUAGUGUAGUAAAAAUUCUAUACAAGUAUCGUUACUUAUAUAGAGAGGUGGGACUUGGGUUAAGCCAUACCGCCUCAGGAUGGUCCUCUUGUGAUUUUUGCCGCUCUUUGGACCAUGAUAUCUAGGCACGUAAGACGUGUCAAGGUGUCGUUGUGGUGCUACGUUUUUUUCAAUAGCCCAAGCACAGCUCAUGGUACCCAAAAAAAAGUCUUUAUAUCGUAUCAUUAAUUUUUUAGUUUUC